AUGAGUGCUAAUCAUCCUUAUACGGUGACAUUUCCAAUAUGGUAAUGUGAAUAAUGGUAAGCAUUAAAGGGUAGAUUGAAAUUAACAGAUGAGAAUAUAGUUAUUGUUAGAUGGAAAGAUUGUAGGUAUUUGGAUGAAGAAUUAAAAUUUUUGGAAUCUUAUCAUAGAAUUAAACCUUAUAGAGAGAUGAAGUUAUUAAAACCGUAAAUAAGUUUAUUGCCAUCAAUUUUAUAGAUAGUAAGAACAAAUACAUAUACAGAUAUGAUUAUAGAGAAUGUUUGUUAAUGGUAAUUGAUAAAUGGAGAUUUGUCUAAACUGUUAUUGAUUUAUUUUGGAUAUGAUUUAUAUCAAGGUUAUUGUUAACCUAGAGAUUGUACAAUUGACAAUAUAAUAAAGAAUGGUGAUUCAAUAGUUAUUUUAGAUUUCGGUUUAAAAAAGAGAAUAGAAAAUUAUUGUGUAUAUUGGAAUCCAUUAAUUUUGAAAGGCAAACCUUGUAGAUCAUCUUAUUAAUGGUCUCUUGGUAUAUUAUAUUUGGUAAUGACUCAAGGAACCUAUAUAUUAAAUGAAGUAUAAAGACAUAUAACAGAAUGGUUGCAAGGUGGUCGUUUAGAUAUAGGAUCAUUAAUUACAAAUAAGAAGCCAACUGUAUAGAAUUUGAUUUCUUCACUUUUAAAUCCAGAGAACCCUAUUGAAUGGAAUUAAAUUCCAUAUCAUUCAGCAUUUAGAGAAGAUAAUGCAUGUAAAUAGAUAUUGAAAGAUUAUCAAAUUAAAUUUAAUAGAAUUGAUGUUAAAUGUAGAUCUACAUCUAGAAUUAGUAGUAAAGAUGAUACCAAUUCUCUGAUUAAUUCAUUCUAAUAAAUCAAUUGUAAUAAAAAUACAAAAACCACUGAAUAAAAUUUAUUAAAUUAAUCAUUGAUUACUAAAAUAAGUAAUAUGUAAAGAAUGCAUUAAGAUAAUAUUAAAAGUGUUAUAGGUAAUAGAUAUUAAUCAGUUUAAAGUAGAUAGAAAUCAUCAUCUAAUCAAACUCGUUAAAUGAUUUAAACUUAUACCAAUAAUAAAUUUAAUAACUUCUUUUCAUCUACUAAAAUACUUCCAAAACCUAAUAUCAAAUCUUAAAAUUAUGGAUAAAAGAGUUAUAGAAAUCAAACAUAAAAUACUACUAUUUAUACUGGUUAUGAUUCUUCUAGAAAAAUCAUUGAUAAUAGUUCAGAUUUAAAUUAAAAUUCUUCUUCAUAACAAUUAUCUUAAUCUAAAACCAAAAAUUAAUUCUUUUAUGAUAAAAUAAGAACAAGAGUGUGUUCAGUUUAAGGUAAUUCUAUUAAAAUUUAAACUAAAUAAAGAUUUGCCUCUUUAUCUAAAUCAGAUUAAAUGAAACAAUAAUAAGUAGUUUAUAGUAAAGUUUCAAAAACUUAGGAUGAAUUAUAAUAAUUAUAUUAACAAUCAGAAAAUGCUAUGGAAUAAUAUAAAGCUAUUUAUAGUUCUGAUUUAGAUGAUAAUUAAUUUAAUUAGAGAUCUAAUUUAGAUGAUAAUUAAAAUUAGAAACCUAAUUUAGAUGAAAGUAGAGUUAGUAAUGCUGAAAAUUACAUAUAAUUAAUAAAACGAUCAAAUUAACAAUUAGCUUUAUUUUCUUAAAAAUAUAAUCGUUCUUUAGAUGCACUUAAUAUUGUUGGUUAAACAGUUGCUAAAUGUCUUAAUUUUUUUAAUGGUUUAUAAAAUUUUUGGGUUAUUCCUUUAUUUUUAGUCUUUAAAAGAAUGUUACAAUUAAGAAAAGAAAUUGAAAUUCUAUUAGAAUCUAAAGUAAACUCAUUUGGUUUAGCUGAAUGGGAUCAUAUUACAACGUGUUUUGAAUAUUAAGAUUAUUAUAACAAAGUUAAAUAAGAUAAUUAAUUAGUUUAAAAUGAAUUAAACUUAUUACUCAAUACAGCAAAAGCUAAAGCAGAAAAAUUAGAUAAAAAUAGAAAAGACAAAGUAGAAUGGUUCUUAAAUGAUUUUAUUGAUGAUGAUAUCAAAGAUAUAUGUUAUACUUAUCUUUAUGGUUAAAUCUACUAAAACAUAAAAGAGAAAAAAGGAUUGCCAAAAUCAACUAUUGAAUGGUUAAGACUUUAAAUAUAAGCUUAAGCUUCAUUGAUAAUAUUUGAUUUGCCUACUUUAAUGUGUGAUAAGGAUACUUUCACAUAUGAAACCUACUUACAAGCUUUAGAAUAUACAGAUGAAAACCAAAUUUUAUAAUACUUAAAACGAAAUGAGUAAUAUCUCGAACGCAAAUGA